AUGGUUUAUCGGGGAGUUCGUAGCAUUUGGCGGUUUGCCAAUCGACCGUUUUCAAUGGGCACUUUCCAAGAUUUGUACAGAAACUAUAUUGACAAAAUGUUGGGCCUUGUUGAUUACGAGGCCAGCGAUUCAGAUGAAGAAGGCUUCUCCGAGCAACAAAGUGAGCAGAUUUCGGCAGUAAUCGUGGCAAAUCCAAGAAAAAUUUCUAAUACUGCAGCAGAGUCUGUAUCAGCGACACCUGUCGGGACUGAUUUAUUUGAUAAUUUGAACUCUCGAGAUGAUGAUGCUGCUUCUUCAGUAUCAAAAAGCAAAUUGUUUACUGAUAUUCAUGAUUUAGGUGAUAUCUUGGCAUCUCUUCCAGUUGCUUCUAAGCAGGAGUUAAAAAAUGGUUCCCAGUUUGCUGAAGGCGAAUUGGAAGACAUAGUUAAAAGAAAGAGGUGGGAAAUCAAAGAGGCAAAAAGGAUCGCAAAAAAGAGAAAAAAGCUGGAAAAACAGCGAAGAAAAGAACUGCGCCGAGAGAAAGAAGGAAAUGAAGAGGAACAUAAAAAGAAAGUCGGCAGAAAGAAGAUAAAAAUAGAGGCUUUUGGUGGUCUUCCUGAGUUGGAUGCGAGCGGUAGUGACAGUGGAGAAGAAAAUGAUUCGAGUAAGUUGAUGGCGAAUAAGACAAGUAAAUCAGUAGGUCUCUUGUCUAUGUUACCAAAGCCAAGCUCUGAAAGGAUAGGCAAAGGACCAAAUAUUAUGUUUCCUUCAAGUUUGAGGGUGUCUCAGAAGACUUCGUCUGUCAGAGUGACGGAUGUAAAGGCGACUUCGUCUGAAAUAAAUAGGCCGUCUACAUCUGUGAAUUCUGGUGAAUCAGAUGAAGACGAGGACAACAUUGACUUUUUUGGUCUCAACGAACCAGAAGAAUCAGAAACAGCUGUUGAAGCCAAAAUAUCAGAUGUUGCUUAUGGGCCGUCUGUUCCAUUUCAAAAAGAGUCAGGUAAUAUGCCACAAAAUUCUGAUUUGAGAGAGGAUAUAAUCAACGAAGUUGGCCCAUCCAGUUCUGCUGUAAUCGAUGAUUCUGAAGCUGCAAGAAUCAUUUAUUCGCAUGACGUAGCACCGUAUGGUGGUUCUGAGUUGGAUGCAAGCAAUGCAGCCAGUAACAUCGUUGACUUUGAUGUUGAUCAGGCUUUGGGUCCGAAUGUGAGGGCUAAUCUACUAAAGAACCUGCAUAAUAAGUCUUUAGCAGAGGCAUCGAUAGCUCAUUUGGCUAAGUUACCAAGACCAAAAAAUUCGAAAGAUGUCGUUGCCCGCCGGAAACACCAAAUCACUUAUCUCGCUACUGUGGCAGUGGCUCGAGAGGAACAACUUGCAGAGCAGUGGUCCCAAAAUCGGCACGCAAAAAGGAUGGCUGCUCAGAAAUACGGAUUUUGA